AUGUGGCUGGGCGGCCGCGGAUGGCUCGGCUUCCUUGUGCAGUGGCGCUUGGUUCUGCGGCCCUUCAGCUUUGCCAGGACUUGGGGUGGCUGUAGGGGGCCGAUGGCGGGAACACUGUCUACCGGAGAGGAGUCAGGAGGCGGGCUGAGGACGCUGGUGCAGCAAAACGGAGAUGCUGGGAGCGACGCGAAGGAUGAGUCGCUCCCGGGACCCCCGGAGCCGACAGGCCGCGGAGCGGAGCCGGCCGUGGGAAGUGGGGAUGCAGCCCCGGAGAGCGGAGAGCCGGCUUCAGCGCCAGCUGCCGACCCGGGCAAACGUAAGAAGCGGCGGGGUGCAGCCGGGGAGCGCGUGGUGCCGCCCCCAAAGAAAAGGCGCACUGGGGUCAGCUUUGGCGACGAGCAUUUCGCAGAGACCAGCUACUACUUCGAGGGCGGCCUGCGCAAGGUGCGGCCCUAUUACUUUGACUUCCGGACCUACUGUAAAGGCCGCUGGGUGGGCCACAGCUUGCUGCACGUCUUCAGCACCGAGUUCCGAGCACAGCCGCUGGCCUACUACGAGGCCGCGGUCCGGGCAGGCCGCCUGCACCUCAACGAAAAGCCAGUACGAGACCUCAGCAUCGUGCUCAAGGACAAUGAUUUCUUGCGGAACACAGUGCACAGGCAUGAGCCACCAGUCACAGCAGAGCCUAUUCGCCUGCUGGCUGAGAACGAAGAUGUGGUGGUUGUAGACAAGCCUUCCUCCAUUCCUGUUCACCCCUGUGGCCGCUUCCGACACAACACGGUCAUCUUCAUCCUAGGCAAGGAGCACCAGCUGAAGGAGCUACACCCAUUACAUCGGCUUGACCGCCUGACCUCAGGGGUACUCAUGUUUGCCAAGACAGCUGUGGUCUCUGAGAGGAUUCAUGAGCAGGUUCGGGACCGGCAGCUGGAGAAGGAAUAUGUGUGCCGGGUUGAAGGGGAGUUCCCUGCCACAGAGAUGACCUGCAAGGAACCCAUCUUAGUGGUGUCUUACAAGGUGGGAGUAUGCCGUGUGGAUCCCCGGGGCAAGCCCUGUGAGACAGUGUUCCAGAGGCUGAGCUACAAUGGCCACUCCAGUGUGGUACGGUGCCAGCCACUCACAGGCCGUACCCACCAGAUCCGAGUCCACCUCCAAUUCCUAGGCCACCCCAUUCUCAAUGACCCCAUCUACAAUUCUGUUGCCUGGGGUCCCUCCCGAGGCCGGGGUGGCCACAUUCCCAAGACAGAUGAGGAACUGCUCCGGGAUUUGGUUGCAGAGCACCAGGCCAAACAGAGCUUGGAUGUGCUAGAUCUCUGUGAGGGUGACCUGUCCACAGGACUCACAGACUCGACAGCCCCCUCCUCGGAGUCAGCCAACGAUAGCCUGGAAGAGUUGGCUACAGCUCCCCAGAAGAUGGAUGGAGUGCAUGAGGCAGCCUCUCAGCAUCUGGGCACACCUGGUAUGGCAGCUGAAACACAUGGUAUGAAUCAAGAGACAGACCCACUCUGUGCAGAGUGCCGGCUGGUGCGACAGGAUCCCUUGCCACAGGACCUCAUAAUGUUCCUGCAUGCCUUCCGCUACAAGGGGCCAGACUUUGAGUAUGUUUCACCCAUGCCUGCCUGGGCCCAGGAAGACUGGCAAGAAGACUGAGGACUGUGGCCAGUGGAGGGAUUGCUUCUUUGGUUGGGGCAGGGAUGGACCAUGGCCCAGGGGCUGACCCAGGAGCUAGUACUCAGGGUUUCUAUAAAAGUAGGUUGGGCUCUAAGGAGACCUGCUCAUACUUGCUACCUCCUUCCUUUUCCCUCCAGCUAGAAUUUGGGAAUUUUCUGGUUUGUAAAUAUAUCUCUUUUU